AUGAUUUGGCAAAUUAUUAAGCGACAUCGUCGUAAACUUUAUAUUCUUUCAUUACUUGCUGGAGGUGGUUAUGUCGCUUUUCGUUAUAUAAAUGGAAAGCUAUCAACAAUGCUUAAUGAACAAGAUAAAAUGUUAACAGAAUGGAAAAAACAACUUUACUAUGAACAUAAUCGUGAUACAAGUCUAAGAACAAGUACGGAUAUAUUUGCACAAGUUGUACUUAAUAUAAAUCGUUCAUUUCAAUGUGAAAGUAUUCUUGCGAAAUUAUCAACAGUAUCUGAUUCAAAUCAAAAACGUGAAUUAUGGGAACAAUUAAGAGUAGAAUGUUUCGCCCGUUUGUUUACAUUUGCAUAUAGUUCAAGUUUUGUUCUGGCAUUAACUGAAUUAGUAGUUAGCGCAUUAAGUGGUCGACUUUAUUCACAAUCCCAAAUACAACAUUCAUCAUCAUUCCCAUCAACAACAGCUGGUGGUGUAUCAGCAACAAGUAAAUCCUCGCAUGCUGAAUCAAAUCAAAAUCAAAAUUCAUUACUUUCACGAGAUAUUCAAUUAGCUUGUCUCGAUGUUAUUCGUUAUACAACAGAAGCAGGUAUGAAUUGUUUAAUUGAUGAUAUUCGAAAAGCUACUCAAACAAUUCUUGCACGCAUUCCACUUGCACAAAUGCUUGAUAUAAAUGAUAUAAUCUGGUAUUGUAGUGAAAUUCGUCAUCAAAUUGAGAAAAAACGUUAUCAAUCAACUAAUAAUCAUCAUCCAUUACUUAAAUAUGUUCGAUCAAUUUCAUUUCCAUCACGAACAACACAGCCAGCAACAACAACAACAUCAGCAUAUUCACUUUCAAAUGUUAUUUCAACAACUAGUUCAUUAUUUGCAACACGUACACAUUCACCACCAUCCGUUUUUAAUGUUCAACAACAAUUUGAAAUUGAAUGUGUUGAAAUGAUUGAAAGUGAAACAUUUCAACGUGUAUUAAUACAAAUCAUUGAUCAAAGUUUUUCAAAUAUUUAUGAUGAAUUUGCUAGAGAAAUUGUUAAAUCGUCAACUACAAACACAACAGAAAAUAGAUUAACUGAUUCUACCAUUAUCACAGACACACAAUUACCAUUUGCUAAAAUAGUUCCAAUAAGUAAUAAUAUCUAUUCAAAAUUAUCAAGUAAUCAUGAUCAACUUAUGUUACAUUUUCAGAAUCUUGCAUGUCGACCAGAAUUACAUGAAUAUACAAAAUAUGCUUAUGACUUAUUUUCUAAUGAAUCAUUACAAUCGGCAAGUCGUACAGCUUAUUCAUUUUUACCGUUACCGCCACCGUUAUCCUCAUCGUCAUCACCAUCAUCAUUACAAUCUAAUUUAACAUCGUUUUUACAAUCAUUAAUGUCUCCAUAA